AUGAGCAACCCCAGAGGAAAGGCCCUGCCCUCUGGGGAGGAGGAGCGAGACAAUGUCCUCAGGCAGAUGAAGGUGCGGACCACACUGAAGGGGGACAAGAGCUGGAUCAUCAAGCAGGACGAGUCAGAGGGGCGGACCAUAGAACUACCCUCUGGCCGGAGCAGGGCCACCUCCUUUUCAUGCCCUGGGGAAGUCCAGAAGACCAGGCCUCUGACCACUCGGGCCUCCACCGGCUACAUCAUCAGGGGUGUCUUCACCAAGCCGGUCGACAGCUCAUCCCAGUCCCAGCCACUUUUCCCCAAGGCAAAUGGGACACCUAAAAGCCCUUCCAGUCCCCUGGGCGUGGCCAGCACCGGGCCUCCCCGGGCCUCAUCCUCAAGCUACAAGCUGACCACUGAGGACUACAAGAAGCUGGCACCCUACAAUAUCAGACGGAGCUCAGCAGGUGCAGCUGAGGGCGACGAGACUCCCUUCUCAUCUGAUGAGCAGAAAAGGAGGUCCGAGGCCGCAAGCAAUGUGCUCAGGAGGACAGCUUCCCGAGAGCACUCCUAUGUCCUGUCGGCAGCUAAAAAGACUGCAAGCCCUAACCCAGAGCCACAGGCCCCAUUCAUCGCCAAGAGGGUGGACAUUGUGGAGGAAGGUGAGAAGGGCCAGAGCCCGCCCACUCUGGCCGGAGCCACUUCUGGCUUGAACAGAUCUCCCCCAGGUCACAGCAACAAGGUCCUCAGCCCUGAUGAGUGCAAACAGGACGUGGCAAGUGACCCAGACCCUGAAAGGCUGUUGCCAGCUGCUCCCUUCACCCCUCUGCUGGACAACCAGUGUGUGCACAGGGCCAGCUCUCCGAAUCACACCCUUGGACUCACGGCCACCAGACUCGCCCGAACGCUGUGCGCCUGCGCGCGCCGCAUGGCUUCCGCCCGCCGUGGCCGUCGUGUGCGCGCCUGCGCGCAUCGCCAUUUCCGCAGCCGCAGGCUGGGCGCGGUGGUCGCCGGGAAACGUGAUGGUCAGUGCGGUGAAAUGGCCGUCCUCGGCCGCUACGGUCUUGGCGGCCCUUGUCCUGCAGUCGCGUCCCCGCUCGCUGGUCGCCAGAUGGCGCGCCAGGAUCACAAAUACACCUUUUUGGGAUACGGAGACCAAAAAGUGGCCCCCAAGGCUGGAGAGACACAGCAGGAGCAGCCCACAGCCCCAACAGAGGGCCAAGGAGACCACCCGGCUGCCUCCAGCGUGCAGCCUGAUGAGGCCUGCAGCCCAAAGGAGCCAAGCAGUCCCCAAGGACCCAGAGCACUUCUGGAACUGGAGGGUCCCUCCAGCAGUCCACCAGGUUGCCUGCCGGAGAAGCCCCUUAGCAGGCACCUGGACCUCAGAGCUUACAGGAUUCUGACCCCCGAGCUUGUGAGAAACCUAGGGGCCCCCAUCUCCCUCCAGACCGGAUCACCAUCCGUCCUUCGGAUGCUGAGCAGGUUGCAGUACAGUGGAAGUACUUACCCCGGAUCUGACGACCAGAAGGUGGCACUCAAGGCCAGAGCGUGGCAAGAGUGGCCGGCAUUCCCCACAGGGAGCCAAAGGGACCGCUCAGCUGCCCCCAGCCCACCUCCAGAGGGUGUCGGGCCCCGAGGUCCUCAGGCUCCUGAGCUGCCCAGGGACCUGGACGGCCACUCCAGCAGAAACACUGGCAGACUCUGUACGUACUGCACCCAUGAGAUUCAAGACUGCCCCAAGAUCACCCUGCAACACCUUGGCAUCUGCUGCCAUGAAUACUGCUUUAAGUGUGGGGUUUGCAGUAAGCCCAUGGGUGACCUCCUGGACCAGAUCUUCAUCCACCGCGACACUGUCCACUGUGCGAGAUGCUACGAGAAGCUUUUCUAG